AUGCAGAUGGCGAUGCCAGAUCAUUUCCGGCAGCAAGCCCGACUUCUGCCCGGGGGCCAAUGGAUCGCACCCCUUGCUCACCAGCCUUUCUUCGCCAUCACAGUAUGGGUGACUCAGCGUGCCAUGACGCAGCCUGGCAACGCCUCGUGCUUUAGCAGUUACGUAUCGUCAAGUACACGCCGCUGGCACAGGGAUCGCAUGCAAAAACUGUACUACUCUUACAGCGUUUGGGCUCCUAGUAUUGAACCAGAUAUCGAAGGAGCCUUCAUAAGGGAGUCACCAAUUCGUAUACUGAAUGCAUGCACUUUCAACAAAGUACCUAUCAUUAUUGGCAUUACGUCUGCUGAGACUGGAGUCAGUAUUCUGAAUAACUCAGAUGUUGUCGCGAACCUCAACGAAAAUUUUGAGGCAGUGGUGGGGCCAUGCCUUCAUCUAGAGACGACGGCUGAACAGACACAAGCAGCGCUUGAACUCAGGAACUUCUAUUUCGGCAACGAAACUAUCAGCCUCGAUGAUCCUGAACCUUUGAUCCAUCUUAGUGAAGACAUAGAUUUCUUCAACCCCACUGACGCACUCGUCAGAAGAAUAGUGGAAGUUUCUGAUUUACCAGUCUACUACUACGAGUUCGACUAUCGCGGGGUGAACGUACCUACAAACGAAUGGGGUAAGUUCAAGCGGAGGCCGUACACGAAGAUACAAUCUGCAACGAAUCCAACCCCUGAGGCGGAUCCCGUGGUGUGGGAGCCGUACGACCUGAGCAGCCGCAGCUACCUGCUGAUGCAGGCCAACUUCUCGCUCGCACACGACAGGCUUGGCGAGCGAAUGGACUUCUGGAACGAUAACGGUGACGAAGUGCUGGUGACCGUACAGCAGGGCACGCUGAGAGGGACCACGGCCACGAGCGUCUACAACACGUCCUACACGGCAUUCCUGGGCAUCCCGUACGCCGAACCACCUGUGGGCGACCUGCGUUUCGAGCCUCCGCAAGCUGCCAGCGGCUGGGAGGGCGUGCGCAACGCCACGGAGUACGGCAGCGACUGCGUGCAGGAGACGGGCGAGGGCUCGGAGGACUGCCUCUACCUGAACGUGUACGUGCCAGGGGUGCCGCAGGAGGGCGCCGGGCUGCCCGUGCUCUUCUACGUGCACGGCUGCGGCUUCGUCAGGGGCAGCGGCUCCGACCAGAAGUUUGGACCGGACUUCCUCGUCUCAUAUGGAGUUAUACUGGUCACCAUCAACUACCGCCUUGGGCCGCUAGGUUUCCUGAGUACUAGGGACGUGGUGAUCCCUGGCAACGCGGGACUCAAAGACCAGCUGCUGGCGCUCUCCUGGGUGCAGAGCAACAUUGCGCGCUUCGGCGGUGAUCCUCAACGUGUGACGCUGGACGGACGCAGCGCUGGCGGCGACGCUGUCUCCCUGCAUCUCACGUCACCUUUGACUGCAGGUCUCUUCUCACAGCUGGUGGACCAGAGCGGCACCUUCGUCGCCUGCAUGUCGCUGGUGCGCGAUGCCCGGCACCACGCCUUCGCACUGGGUUCCGUCCUCGGCUACGAGGCGGAAAACUCGCAGCAGCUGGUGGAGUUCUUACGAUCUGUCAACGCCACUGACCUUCUAGUGGACCAGUCGCUCUUAAUGACGGAUGAGGAAAUACUGUACUUCUCUUACAACGUUUGGGCACCUACUAUCGAACCGGAUAUCGAAGGUGCUUUCGUACGAGAGUCUCCAAUUCGGACUGUGAGUGCAGGCACUUUCAACAGAGUGCCCAUCAUGAUCGGCGUUACAUCUAUUGAGAACGGGGCCAAUAUUCUGAAUGAAACAGACGUUGUUGCCAACCUCAACGAAAAUUUUGAAGCUGUGGUGGGGCCAUGUCUUCAUCUACAGACGACGAAUGAACAGACGCAAGCAGCACUUACAGUUAGGAAUUUCUAUUUUGGCAACGAAACUAUCAGCCUAGAUAAUCCUGAGCCUUUGGUCCAGCUUAAGGUGGACAUAGAUUUCUUCAAUCCCACUGAUGCACUCGUCAGGAAAAUAGUGGAAGUUACCGAUCUACCAGUCUACUACUACGAGUUCGACUACCGCGGAGAGAACGUACCUACAAACGAAUGGGGCGUUGAACACGGUGGAGAGCAAGGAUUCCUCUUCCUCCAUUAUAAUAACGACCUCAAUUACAACUUGGACCCACAAUCUGAAGAGGAUCAAGUGCGGAGGAACAUGCUGCGUCUAUGGACCAACUUCGUAAAAUACGGGAAUCCAACCCCCGAGGCGGAUCCUGUGGUGUGGGAGCCCUAUAACCUGACCAAUCGCAGCUACCUGCUGAUGCAGGCCAACUUCACGCUCGCACACAACAGGCUUGGUGAGCGCAUGGACUUCUGGAACGAUAACGUGCCGUUGGAGGCGUUCCCCGGAACCUACUGA